GUGGAGGUACUUGAUUUUUAUGCAGCUUCAUUGAACACUCCGGUCCAGCAGGGGGCAGCGUGCACCUGUUAUAAUGCUCCGGGCUGAUCAAUGGAAGCAGUUGUCUGUCCUCAGGUCUUCCUGUGGACUCUGUUGACAUGAUGGGGACAGACAGUAAAGUGGUCUCUGAUCAGGUUCAGAGAGUCCCGCUCUCAGAGUCUCAGCUGGACUUCCCCGGUCACCCGUUCUCCGUGUCCGUCCUUAAAGCCGGAUACUGUCUCCCGCAGACCAACGGGACGUUCAGAGCCGACGGGACCAUCACUCUCAUAACGGGACCCAAGACCAUUCUGGUGGACACCGGGGGACCGUGGGACCGGGACUUUCUCCUCAUGUCACUGAAGGAGCGGGGUCUGGAGCCGGGAGACGUUAACGUGGUCGUGGGGACUCACGGACAUUCAGACCACAUCGGGAAUCUGGGUCUUUUCCAAGCAGCGCUGAUGAUUGUGGGUUAUGACGUCAGUGAGGGGGACCGGUACCGACCCAACGAGCUGGCAGACGGACACGGUUACGUCAUCGAUGAGCAGGUAUGUGUAGUUCCCAGUCCAGGCCACACAGGACAGGAUGUCAGCGUUCAGGUGAAGGGAACCUCAGCGGGGACAGUGCUUGUUGCAGGGGACUUAUUUGAGUGCUGCUCAGAUGAGGACAGCUGGCGGGAUCUGAGUAUGAACACUGCAGUACAGGAGGUCAGCCGCCGAGAGGCAUUACACACAGCUGAUGUCAUCAUCCCGGGACAUGGACUCCCAUUUAGAGUCCUCAGGAACUGAUGAAGCCCUGGAAAUGGGUCAGGGUUAUAUGAGGACGUGACUUCCAACCAAGCCAACACAACCAACCAACCAACCAACCAACCAACCAACCAACCAACCAACCAACCAACCAACCAACACAACCAACCAACCAACCAACACAACCACCAACCAACCAACCAACCAACCAACCAACCAACCAACCAACCAACCAUCCAACCAACCAACCAACCAACCAACCAACCAACAAACCACCAACCAACCAACACAACCAACCAUCCAACCAACACAACCAACCAACCAACCAACACAACCAACCAACCAACCAACCAACCAACCAACCAACCAACCAACCAACCAACCAACCAACCAACCAACCAUCCAACCAACCAACCAACCAACCAACCAACCAACCAACCAACCAACACAACCAACCAACUAACCAACCAACCAACUUGUAGAACACUUGGGAUCCCUGGUGUUCUCACCUUGUUUUAAAGUGUGUCUCUGUGCUCUUGGUCUGUGUCAGACACUUACAUUUACAGUUCCAUUUUCAGUCAUUGCAGUCGGUGAUGUUGUUCAUUUAUUAACCACUAGAGGGCAGAGUCUCACAAUAUGCUACUUCAAUGUCAAAUCAGGCAGUGGGUCAUUUCCACCAAUUGUUUCUGAAGCUUUCAGAAACAACACAGUGUCUGAUCCACAUACAGUCACUGUACUCAUGACUUUAACUGAUCUCUGUUCAGAUUAAUUACCUGAACCAACCCUGCCUUUGUUUGGAGCACUGCGCUGCAAGAUUUAGAUUCAAAAUUUCCUUAAUGAUCUGAAAUAUAUAUAAAAAUGUUUUUUAAAGCUCCA